CCCCGGCUCCUGCUCCCUUGGUGUCCUGUGGUUUGUGGACUAACGUCUUGGUCUGCCUCGGAGCUGGACGGGCAGGCAGACGGAGGUCUCUGGCUGUGUCUCUGGGGCCCAGGGCCAUGGUGAGGUGGUUUCAUCCCAACAUCAGUGGGCUGGAGGCUGAGAAGCUCCUCCUCACCCGAGGCGUACAUGGCAGCUUUCUGGCCCGGCCAAGCAAAAGCAACCCGGGUGACUUUACCCUCUCGGUCAGACGGAAUGAGGAGGUGACCCAUAUUAAAAUCCAGAACUCGGGGGACUACUAUGACCUCUAUGGGGGCGAGAAGUUUGCCACCCUGGCUGAGCUUGUGCAGUACUACACAGAACAGCACGGCCUGCUGAGGGAGAAGAAUGGGGAUGUUAUUGAGCUCAGAUACCCACUCAAUUGCCAAGACCCAACAUCUGAGAGGUGGUACCACGGACAUCUCUUUGGCAAGGAGGCCGAGAAGCUGCUGACAGAGAAAGGCAAGCCGGGGAGCUUCUUGGUACGAGAGAGUCAGAGCAAGCCCGGGGACUUUGUUCUCUCUGUCCUCACCCAGGAGCUAGACAAGCUGGAUGGCGGUGACCGCCGGCCCCGGGUUACCCACGUCAUGAUCCGCUUCCAGGUGGACGGCAAGUAUGAUGUGGGUGGAGGGGAACGCUUCGACACCCUGACAGACCUUGUGGAGCACUAUAAGAAGAACCCCAUGGUGGAGAAAUCAGGGGCCGUCGUGCAUCUCAAACAGCCAUUUAAUGCCACCAGGAUAAAUGCUGCCAACAUUGAGAACCGUGUCCGAGAGCUCACCAAGAUGGCAGACCAGAGUGAGAAGGCCAAGCAAGGAUUCUGGGAGGAGUUUGAGAUGCUGCAGCAGCAGGAAUGUAAACUUUUGUACCCUCGAAAGGAGGGGCAGCGCCCUGAGAACAAAGCCAAGAACCGCUACAAGAACAUUCUUCCCUUUGACACCACCCGUGUUACCCUUCGAGAUGUGGAUGGGAGUGUGCCAGGUGCUGACUACAUUAAUGCGAACUACAUUAAGAGCAUCCCUGAGGAUGGGCAGAGCCAGGAACCUUCGAAGGUGUACAUAGCGACCCAGGGCUGCUUACAGACCACCGUCAAUGACUUCUGGGCCAUGGUGUACCAAGAGAACACCCAUGUCAUCGUCAUGACAACCAAGGAGAUGGAGAGAGGACGGAACAAGUGUUUCCGCUACUGGCCAGAUCAGCAUUGCACCAAGGACUAUGGUUGUGUGCGUGUGCGUCAUGUAACAGAAAGGGAGGCCCAAGGAUACUAUGUGAGAGAGCUGGAGAUGGGGCGCACGGACAGGGAGGAGCUACCGCGGAAGGUCGCACACUACCAGUACUUCAGCUGGCCAGACCACGGGGUUCCCACGGAGCCCGGUGGUGUUCUCAGCUUCCUGGACCAGGUGAACCAAGCCCAGAGCAGCGUGCCAGGCUCUGGUCCCAUUGUCGUGCACUGCAGUGCUGGCAUUGGACGCACGGGUACCAUCAUCGUCAUCGACAUCCUGGUGGAUACCAUUCGAAGGCAGGGCCUGGACUGUGAUAUUGACAUCCCUAGGACCAUCCAGCGGGUUAGGCAGCAGCGCUCAGGGAUGGUGCAGACGGAGGCCCAGUAUAAGUUCGUCUACAUGGCCGUGCAGAGGCAUAUUGAGGGAGAGCAGUGGAGGCUGCAGGAGGAGCAGCGCAAUAGGCGGAAGGAGCGGGAAUAUCUAAACAUUCGCUCCCCUCCCUCGGACCCCUCCAGAAGCAAAGGGCUAUCACCCUCCAGGGCACAGUCUGUGAUGAGCGAGGAUUCCGCUUGCAUCUAUGAAAACCUGAACGUUAGGGCCCCCUCAGUGCCUGGACUAAGCAACGUGGGAAGAUAAGGCUGAGGUCUCACAGGGCUGGUCACGUUCACAUCUGUCUGUCUAUCUGUCCACCCUCUCCUCCUGCUGGAGCACAGUCCCCUGAGUGGUGACUAGAGUCUGCAGCAGGAAUCCACCUGGGAGUCAAGGGGGAGAACAUGUGGUCUGGGGGCUGACUGUGCUCCCCCUGCCCUGGCAAUGCCAGACUGGCUACAGGCUUUUCUUGGUUGGGGGUUAAAAAAAAAAGGAAUUUGGGGGGGGUUGUUUUGUAAAAGCAAAAAAAAAAAAAUUGAUAGAAUGACUUCUAGGGACUAGACCUUUCCAGGAAGAUAGAUUCUGGAGGGGUUGGGGUCCCCUUUUCUCAGCCCGUACUCUCCCCACCCCCUUUCUUUGUGAGAUCAAGCUAGGACUGAGGCCUAGAGGGAGGAAGGGGCCAGCCCCAUCCUCUGUUUCUGCAUCUGAACCCUGCCCGAAGGAGCAAGAACAGCUCAGGGGAAAAGUGCCCUUUGAACUGACAGGGGUCGGGGUUAGGGGGUAUGUCUGUGUGUGUGUGUGUGUGUGUGUGUGUGUGUGAGUGCACGACUGUGUUCACAUAGGGGGUCUGCUUGGAUCUUCUGGUGUGUUUCUCUGUGUAACUGAAUGUGUGUGUGACGCUGAAUGUGUGCGCUGUUUGCUGUGUGUCUGUGACUACAGAUGAGGAGUUGUGUGUGUGUGUGUGAAUCUGUGUGAAUCACUUAGUCAACAAGCAUUUAUUAAGUGCUUACUGUGUUUGGGCUCUGAACCAAGCACCAGAGAUGCAGAGAAAGGUGAGAGCACUUGUCUCAGAGGUCAAGGAGCUCACAGAUUCGUGGGGGAGACAGUCGGCAAAACCUCGUGUGACUGCAUCCAAGUCUGUGACUGUCCAUAUAACUGCAUGUUCAAAUGUGUGUAUGAAUUUGGGUUGGGGGUCUCCCUUCCCCUCCUCUCUUCCGGUACCUCUGGCUCCCUGUAGCUUUGGGUGAUCGGUCCCCCCUUGGCCCCAGCAUACAACUGGCCCCUUAAGACUGUUUCUAGUAAAUU